AUUCAAUAAAUAUCUUGCGUUCGACGAGUAAAGGAGUAUUUUGUCCUAAAAUUGAAUCCGCUCUAAAUUUACAAUAUACUUUUAUAUUGUAUCUACAUUUAUAUUAAUAAAUUGUUGAAAUUUAAAAAAAAAAAACAUUCGUGCGGUGUUGUCGUGAUCUCAAGUGUCAACAACAAUAAUAAUAACAAUUUUCUAAAUCUACAUCAACGUCUAUUAAUAAAUAAACAAAUAAAAGCGCAAUGGCCGAGUCAAGCAAGAGGAAUAUUCCCAUCAAAUUAGGAGAUUUCAGUGUAAUUGAUACAGAAUUCUCAAGCAUUCGGGAGCGAUUUGAUUCCGAAAUGCGCAAAAUGGAAGAAGAAAUGGCUAAGUUCCGCUCCGAAUUGAUGAAUCGUGAGGCUAACUUCUUUGAAUCUACAAGUUCUUCAAAAAAAACAACAACCACCAGCUCAACCACAACUAAUGCAGCAGUACCUCAAGCUAGACCAAAACAAAACUACAUUUCCGACAUUAGUUCACCUUUGAUUCAGGAGGAUGGAGAUAGCAAAGUACUGAAGCUGAGAUUUGAUGUCAGCCAAUACGCCCCCGAAGAAAUUGUUGUCAAGACUGUUGAUCAAAAGUUAUUGGUGCACGCUAAACACGAAGAGAAAUCGGACACAAAGAGCGUAUACAGGGAAUAUAACCGCGAGUUCCUCUUGCCAAAGGGUGUUAACCCAGAAUCGAUUCGUUCUUCCCUCAGCAAGGAUGGUGUACUUACUGUCGACGCCCCAUUGCCAGCACUGACCGCUGGAGAAACCAUGAUUCCUAUUGCACACAAAUGAAUGGAAACAGACACACAGUCCCCAAAACCCCCCAGAUUAAUAUUAAAACAAAAUCCCAUUAAGCAUUAAGCUUACACGUACUAAUAAAUAAUUUUGUUCACAAAUCAAUUUAUUAUUUUAUAAUUUAUUUAAUUUUUAACUUUUUGUUUAUAAAUUUAAUAUUGAAGUACUUGAAAUUGUAUGUUGUUGUGUACCAAUUUUUAAAAAAUGAUAUUCGAUUUUAAUCGUAAAUGUAUAGUCAAAUCAAAUUUCCAGAUUCGAAAAUUUAAAGCAUUUUUUUGUUGCAAUAAUAAUUAUAAUAAUAUUAAUAAAUAAUAAAAUUUAAUAUCAAUUUUAUACACGUGCGCUUUUUAAAACUCGAUUGUCACCCACCAAAAACUAGCCACAAAGUAAACUCACAAUUUUUACAAAUGGAUAUUGUUUUGAUUUUAUUUCUCAAUUGAUGUUUUGUAUUUUUAUUAAAUUUUUAAUUGCUUAAAUAUGAAACUGGAAUGUAGUUGUGUAGUUUGGUAGAAAAAAAAGAAAGAAAUACUCUUUAGACUAUUACUAUUAUGUGUUGGAUGUAUAGAUUACACACUUAAUAUUAGGUGAAGGUGCCUGUAAUUGGUAGCUAUUAAUUAUUGUUGUACACAAAAUAUAUAAUUCUUUUUCAUACAUAAAAUAAAUCGUUUUUAUUAAUUUGUUUCUAAUUUGCAAUAUAAAUUAUAGUAUUUCUCUAAAAUAAAAAUAUAUAUAUAUAUAUCAACAUACCUACAGAAAAUAGGAGGUAUUGUAACUUUUGUAAACAAACUUGAUAAUUACAAAAAAUAAAGAAAAUUUGUAACAAAAAA